GCACAGAGACGCGCUGGAAGACCUGAAGGAGUCGGCGGCUCCACCAUAACCCGAGUCCAGAGUCAAAUCCUCCAGAGUCCUCGCCGCUGCCGACUUGCUACUCCUCGCCAUAAUGGCGCUUCAUCGCGACGAGGAAAAAUUCAGCAUUUGCCUGGACGGAGAUCUUCCUGGAGCAACAGUGACCUCUAGAGGCACAGAGCGGCACUUCAACACGGCGGAAGUUCCAAUUGGAUUUCGUUGCAGCACAUUCGCCAUUGUUUGCGCACACCUUCCCACUUCAACUUGGCUUCGUCCGCUAAUUCGACUUCAGCGUUAUUUGCCCAUAGUGAGCGGCUUUCCAGCCAAAUAUAUUCAUGAUCCGUGGAAUGCCCCAGAGGAGCUACAGAAGGCUGCCAAGUGCGCCAUUGGAGUCAACUACCCAAAGCCUAUGGUGAACCAUGCCGAGGCCAGCCGUAUCAACAUAGAGCGGAUGAAGCAAAUUUAUCAGCACAUUUUUCCUGCUACAGAGGACUAUGUGGUUUGAAUGCAGAUAGCCGGACGAGGCAGAAGCGGCCCCGCUCGAGACCAAGUCCAAAUUCCUUCGGACAAGCAAAUAGUGUUGCAAAAGACUAAAUGCAAAGAACCUGAAUGGCAACCCUCUCCCAUUGCACCUGCAGCUGCUUCGAAUUUACUGGAACUGAACGUGCCGCCUGGAGUCACACUGAGUGAUGGAUUCCGAUCCCUGCAUGACUGACUAUUGAAUUGGUCCUUUGGUUUGUAAAUGGUCAGUUUCACAUCUACAUACAAAAACAAAAGAAGAACAACGUAACUUACAAAGCGAAAAGUUCUCCUCAAGCUUUUAGAUUUGACACCCUCGCAGUAUCAACACACCAUGUAUAUUCCACAACCAGCUUCCAUUCGUAAUCGAAACUAUCCAACAACAUAUUAUUAUUUUUUUAUAUUCCACUGGUUUCGCGCAGAUGAAGCGAAUACAGUUUAGUAUAAUGCAACAACCUUGAACAAAGUAAUUCUCAUGUUAUCAUUUUUGAGACUUUCGAUUAUUAUUAUUGCUGUUGUACUGUAUGAGAUUCCUUUGUCUCAUUUAAACCAAUAUGUAUUGACCAAGAUAUUUAAAAAAAAUAUAUAUAUAUCUAUAUAUUGUGAUUUAUCUCCCCCCACACCUUUGACUUAUUUAUUUAGUUAGUUAGUUAGUUAGUUAGUGUGUGUC